GGACGACCUGAGACUACAUGCACACUGCACCAUGAAGCUGCUGAUACUUGUGUCCCUGCUGGCGGCGGCCUCACACGGCGCCCCUCAAGGCUACAGCUUUUCACAGCCCUCUGGUCCAGCUUUCUCUGCUGGUUCACAAUUUUCCAGUAGUUCCUCUUCGGAAGGUUUUGGGCUCGGAGGAGGCUCAUCUUUUGGCUCUGGAUUUUCUUCAGGCAGUUCAGGAUUCUCCUCAGGCGGCUCUGGCUCCUAUGGGGGCUCUGGAGGCAGCUGUGGUCCUGGACAGAUUCGUCAUGUGGACGGCAGCUGUGUGACUCCUCAGGUCACUCGUAAUCUGUACGUGUACAGUGCUCCUCCAAUACACCCAAUUGUUGGCCCACAACCAUACGUUCCUCCACCAAGAGUUGAACACAAUAUAUUAUUCAUUCGCACCCCAGAGAACGGUCCAGGCCAGGAACCCAUUGUCGUGCCACCACCACAAACAAGGAACGUCGUGUACGUCCUCAACAAGCGACCUGAACACGGCCAACAGGUCAUCCACGUACCAACACCAGAACAAGAGACUCCUGAGGUGUUCUUCAUCAACUACAGUGAAGGAGACAACCCAACUCUGCCCACCGGCGAGGACCUCCAGUCUGCCCUCAACUCUGCUGUCCAGGGUGGCGGCGAUGUCAUUGGUAGCACUGGAGGCGGCAUUGGCGGCGGUGGUGGUGGCUUUGGCGGUGGCAGCAUCGGCGGCGGCAGCAUUGGCGGCGGUGGUGGCUUUGGCGGUGGCAGCAUCGGCGGCGGUGGUGGCGGCUAUGGUGGUGUCAGCAUCGGCGGCGGUGGUGGCGGUAUCAGUGUUUCAACGCUGUCACCACUGUAUAGACAGCCUUAACCAGCCGCUUCAAAGGAAUGUUAAUUUUUUUAACCUGUUUCGUUUUGUUAUGUUAUAGUCUUUUUUUUUAUCAGUUUUCCCAUAGAACUAAUGUUUGUAUACAUAAAUCAACCUCUCAAGGAACAUAUUUGAGACGCUUGUUUUAUGGACACAAACAAGGAGUAGUACAGUGACUAACCCAAACUCAGGUUCAUAUAAGGUGAUGAAAAUUGCCUCAGUCCUUGUCUAUGUCCCUGUGGAUUUACUGACAAAGAGAAACACAUUGUAUGAUCUUUCUAUGUUUAUAAGAAAUAUAUUUUGGUAUGUAA